ACUCAAAGUUGGCCAAAAAGGCGGCCAAGUGCCCCAAGGAACACUCAGUCAAGCCGCGAACGUUGUGAGCUCCAGACGUCUGUGUCUCUCGUUGCUCUUCAAACACUUGGAGCCGCAUGCCCCAAAAUUGAAUAUAUUUACCACUAAAGUGAAGUGCUGUCCGAAAGUUCUCAGACAAACAUAAUCCAUAGAGAAAGAAUCUUGGAAGAUCAUCCGUGAUCUGACUAACGCGUGUGUGUCUAUCCCUUUGCGAGUGUAUUCCGAGUUGAAUGUCUCUGGGCGCCGAUCGUUCGUACAAAAUGAAGCUGCGCGAUGUGGAAAAUGCCUUCAAAUAUCGCCGUAUACCGUAUCCCAAGCGAUCCGUGGAGCUGAUUGCCCUGCUAGCCAUAUCGUGCACCUUCUUCCUAUUCAUGCACACCAACAAGCUGAACAGCCGUCUCAAGGAGAUGGAGGUGAAGCUGCAGCCCUCCGAGUUCUCCGCCCUCGGCCUGACCGGCAAUCACGUCAGCGGUCACGAUGCGGGCAAACACGAUGAUAUCAAUACGCUGCAUGGCACCUAUCAAUAUCUGAAAAGCACUGGCCAGCUGGCAUCGCUCAGCAGCAAAAGGCUAAACAACACGCGGCACGCAGGACUCGAGGUGGUCUUCUUCAAUCGCGGCGCCAAGGUGGGCAGUGAGGCCCUCAUGCAGCUCACCCAGACAAUGGCACCGCUCAACAAUAUGACCGUAGUGACCAAAGGACCAUUGAAUAUUAAUUCCCGCACCCGUGCGCCCAGAGAACGAGUGAUUCAGGCAGUUUGGGUGGCAGAUCUAGAGCCUGGAACCAUCUACAUUGAACACUGCAAUUGGCUGGACUUUCGCAGAUACGAACUGCCAGAGCCCAUCUACAUUAAUCUGGUGCGUGAUCCCGUGGAGCGAAUGAUCAGCUGGUUCUACUACGUACGCAGCGGCUACCGCAAUGCCAUUGUCCACAGACGCUUUCCCAACACGACCAUGAAGUCGGAAAAGUGGUUCAAGAAGAGCUACAACGAGUGCGUUCGCAGCGGUGAUCCCGAGUGUCAAUAUGUGCCUGGGAGUGUUAAGGAUACGGAUGGGAAUUAUAAGCGACAAUCUCUGUUCUACUGCGGCCACAAUCGCGAGUGUCUGCCCUUUGACUCCCCACACGCCAUUCAGCUGGCCAAGAGGAAUGUGGAACGGGAUUAUGCAGUGGUGGGCAGCUGGGAGGACACGAACAUAACACUGGCCGUGCUCGAGGCAUACAUCCCAAGAUUCUUCAGGGGCGCCAGACAUGUCUUUGACUGUAGGUUUGCGUUUUUGCUUGAACACUUUUGGGCGAGGAACCUCCUGGGGGACGACUACCUUAGUUUAGUCUACACAACAACAAGAACAAACUCUGUGUCUCAUCCAGCCCAUAAAUCCUUGUGCUUGUGUCUGUCUUUAAUUUGGAGCCGAGUACUGACCCCCAAACAACCUUCCCAGCUGCGACGUGUGAGGCAAAUGUAUCUGAACAAUACACGAUUUGCCGGCUUUGAGGUGAUCGUGUUCAAUCGCCCCACGCGAGUGUGCACAGAGCAAAUGAUGCCGCUGAUACGACAGCUGUCCAGCAUGAAUGACAUGAAUGUGGUGCUGAAUGGACCAGUGAGAACGAUGAAUCGAACCCGCACCGAGCGGCAACAGAAGACAGAAAUUGUUUGGACAAGCGACCUGGAGCGGGGAACGCUCUACAUGGCUCACUCGAAUUGGCUGGACUUUAGUUCGUUUGGCUACAAAAAGCCCAUCUACAUAUCGAUGGUGCGGGAUCCCAUAGAUCGUAUGGUGCACGACUAUUACAAGCGCCGGUCGAGGGUCAAGCGUCAGAUCCGACGGCGCAUGUUUCCAGGACAUCCGGAGAGACCCGCUGAAUGGUAUCUGCAGAGCUUCAAUCAGUGCGUACGAAACGGCAGUCCCGAGUGUCGGUUUGUCCAGCACUCGGUCGCGGAUCAUGUGCAGGAUUUUAAGCGGCAGUCCCUCUUCUUUUGCGGCAAUCAUCUGGAUUGUUUGUGAGUAGUAGGAGGUGUAGGGGAAUGAUCAACUGAAGUCUGUCCAUGUUUCUGUCCCAUCUGUAGACCCUUCAACUCGCCCCAUGCCGUGCAAGAGGCUAAA